GGUCGCAUAUUUGAGAGCUGCGGUUAGGGUUCGAAACUCUGAUUCCGAGAAAGCGAGCAUUGCAGGUUUGAGAUGUCUCACAGAUCAAAAGAAGAAAAGGGGUAUAGCCGGUCUGAAUUAGAAGACUAUGUGGACGAGUAUUACUAUCAGUUAAAGAAAGGUAGUAUUAAGGUUAAAAAUUCUGAUUCAACUUAUAGAUGCCCAUUUUGCGACGGGAAGAGGAGGCAUGAUUACCGACUAAAGGAGCUUUCACAACAUGCUUAUGACAUUGGCAGAGACAGCAAGGGUUUAAAAGAGAAAUCAAAGCACUUGGCUUUGGAGAGGUAUAUAGACAGAUAUCUUUAUGUGAAGAGUCGGUUAGAAUCUGCACCCAAGAUUGAAAGCCCUAAACACUCGCAGAGACGGACUCAGGUGGUGGCUGUAGUGGGCUCCUCCCAAAUCAGAGAAAAGUCUAUUCAUUCUGAACCUCGAGCCCACUCCCAGCUUCUUCCCAGCUUCUUCUCGGCCCCCACUCUCCCCACUCCAAAGGCACAACCCACAACAGGUUCUAAGGCUGGUUCCACCCUUGCUACACAGGAGGAUGACCAAUGGUUUGUAUGGCCUCCAAUGGGCAUUUUGGCAAAUGUUAAAACUGAACUAAAGGAUGGAAGACAUGUUGGGGAAAGUGGUUCCAAACUUAAAACUGACUUGGCAAGUAAAGGUUUUAACCCUUUGAGGGUUCAUCCUUUAUGGACAUACAGGGGUCACUCCGGGUUUGCAAUUGUUGAAUUUGAGAAAAGCUGGGAAGGUUUCCAUAAUGCAAAGUCGUUUGACAAGAGUUUUGAAGUUGAUCACCUUGGAAAAGGGGACUAUAAUGUAAUGAGGAAUCGAGGAGAUAACUUGUAUGGAUGGGUUGCUCGGGAUGAUGAUUACAAUUUGAGAAGCACUGUGGGUGAUUAUCUUCGUAAGAAUGGAGAUUUGAAAACUGUUUCUGCUCAACAACAAGAAGAACAUACGAAAAAUUCAAAGCUAGUUACCACUCUAACUAGCACCUUAGUUAUAAAGAAUUCACAUCUAAAGGAGAUGGAAAGAAAAUGUCGUACCACUGACGAUGCUUUAAACAAGGUGGAGGCUGAAAAGGAGGAUAUUCUCAAAGCUUGCAAUGAAAAAAGAGAAAAAAUGCAAAAAAUUGCUCAUGACCAAUUGGCAAAGAUAUGCUUAGACCACAAGAAAACCGCUUUGGAGUUGGAAGCUACAAAAAAAGAGCUUGAGGACCGUGAGAAACAACUGCAACAACGCCGUGCACAAAAUGAUAGUGAGAGAAGGAAAAUCUAUCAUGAAAGGAAAAUGAAUGAGAUGGCUACCUUGGAGCAAAAGAAGGCUGACGAAAAGAUGUUACAGUUAGCAGAAGAACAAAAGAGAGAAAAGGAGAAACUUCACAAGAGAAUCAUUGAGUUGGAAAAGCAGCUUGAUGCCAAACAGGUACUGGAGCUUGAGAUAGAGCGAAUGAGAGGUGCUUUAAAGGUGAUGAACCACAUGGAUGAGGAUGAGGAUUUGGAAGCCAGGAAAAAGAUGACUGAAAUUAAAGAGAAGUUACAGGAGAAGGAGGAGGAGUAUACCGAUGUAGAGGAACUUUAUAAAACACUUAUUGUUAUGGAGCGGAGGAAUAAUGAUGAAGUGCAGGAGGCUCGUAAGGAAGUAAUCAAAGAACUGCGGGGUUCAAGCAGCCGUGCUUCCAUUGGCGUGAAGAUAAUGGGAGAUCUUGAUGAAAAACCAUUCCAAACUGCAACCAAGAAGAAAUAUUCUGAAGAAGAAGCAGAUGUGAAGGCAGUGGAGUUAUGUUCUCUGUGGCAGGAGCAUCUUAGGGAUCCAAGUUGGUAUCCUUUCAGGAUUAUCACAGAUAAAGAAGGAAAGACCAAGGAAAUUAUUAAUGAAGAAGAUGACAAAUUGAAGGCCUUAAAAAAUGAGCUGGGUGAUGAAGUAUAUGAGAAGGUGACAACUGCUAUGAAGGAAUUGAAUGAGUAUAAUGCCAGUGGUCGGUAUACAAUACCUGAGCUGUGGAACUUCAAAGAAGGGAGGAAGGCAUCGUUGGAAGAGGGAGUAGUGUUUUUGCUAAACAAGUGGAAGCUGCUUAGAAAACGUAAAAGAUAAACAAGGUAUUUUGGAAUAUGGAUCGGGGUGCUCAAAGAACUUCUGUUAAAAGUGUCAACUAGCUGCUGUUGAUGUUCUUUGCUAUUGCUUGUCUGUUGUCUGAUUGAUAGAUUUAGUGUUAAGAAUAUAGUUUUAGCAUCUGAUGCAACAGUUUGAUUGAGGGCAGAUUAAAUUUGACUUCCUAACUAGUAUUAGUUGAUAGAAGUUGGAACACACUAUUGUGCAUGGCAACAUUUGGUCUUUGCUUGACCAAAAUAUUUUGUCUCUUAGCUUUCAACAAAGAAAAUGUAGAUGCUAUAGAGUUGUUUUCAUCUUA